AUGAGACGCUGGGUGUGCAGAUGUGCACAGAGUGUGAGUGCCAAGCAGCCACAGGGACAUGGGGUUCAUUGCAGCCUCUCCGCAGGAGGACAGCCCCGGCACAGCCUGCACCUCACUGCCCUGGUGCAGCUGGUGAAGGAGAUUCCAGAGUUCUUGUUCGGGGAAGGCAAGGGCGCUGUGGACAGCCCCGAGAGUGGGGCGGCUGGCCUGGAUGGGGAGAGAGCGAGCCCAGAGGCUGCUGUGGCAGUGGAACCUUGCACCCUUCGAGGCCUGCUUAGCUGCCUUCCGGAUGCCCCCGUCAGCCAUCCCUACCUGGCCACCACGCCCACCAGCAGCUCAUCCUCCAGCAGCCCACAUAGAGAUGGGGAGCAGGGAAGCCCCCUUCCCCUCAAAACUGCUGACAAACCACGGCCUACAGGGCAAGAAGGCCCAAGAGCCCCCAGCGAGGAGCCCAGUCCUCCCACCUGUAGCCCCGGAAGGAAAAAGAGCCACAGAAGGCAGGAGAGAGGGACGAUGGAGACAGGAACCUCUCCUGGGAACAGCCCCUUGCAAGGCCUCAUCAACUGUCUGAAAGAAAUCCUUGUGCCUGGGCCCCAGCACCCUGAGCCAUCCCCAAACUUACUGCCCCAUCUCCCCGGCCUGGGUACAUCAAGGCCAACCAGAGUGGAGUUGAGCCUUGGGAGCCUGCCCUCGGGAGUGAAGACAGAGGCAGUGUCAGGGGAUUGUCCCCUCCAGGGUCUGCUGAACUGUCUAAAGGAGAUCCCAGAGGUCCAGGAUGGGAAUCCCAGCCCCUCAGGAGCAGGGGACCCCAAGCUGCAGGAGGACCAAGGGGCCUGGAAAAGGAAUUUUGGAGGGCCUGGACACCUCCAGACCCUUCCUCCCUGCCCUGUUCCUGGAGCUGGCAGCAUGCUCCCUGUGGUGAAGAUGGAGAAUGGCUGGGCCCAGAGCCCCCCAGGGCCUGUGUCAUGUCAGUUCAUCAGGCACACCCAUGGCCCCUCUGCCACCAGAGGGGUCCAAGUGCCCAGUUGGAGCCCUGUGCCUCCAGCUGGCAGUGCCUCAAGCUCACCCCUGGAAGCACUGGAGGCCUGUCUGAAGGGCAUUCCCCAGAGCGGGUCAUUACCUCCCCAGCCGCCAGCUACCUCUUGGUCCCGGAGACCCCAUCCAGGAGACCCUGGGCCUCAGAGGCCUGAGCUGUGGCCCCACGGAUCACACACUGAAGAGGCGGCCAGGGAGCCUCUUCUGACUCUGGGCCUGCAGGGCUUUGCAAGAGAUGGCCCUGACCGACCCCCAGGCCCCCAAGGCACCCCCGCCAGCUUAUCUUCAUCCAGCAGCACUGACGGGGACCUGGAUUUCAGGAGCCCUGGGGGGAGCGAGGGGCAGCGGAAUGGAAAAGGAAGCCCAGCAGGAAGCUCCCCACUCCAGAGUCUAGAGAACUGUCUCAAAGAGAUUCCUGUGCCCAGGCUGCAGUCUGCCUGGUCCUGCUCAGCAGUGGACAGGGGACCAAAGAGAGCAGAGCCCAGGAACUGGGUGGCAGACAAGGAAGGACUGAGGGGCGAGGCCUGCGAGCCGCCUCACCUUGGACAGGGCAGGGCAGAAGUGCCCCCCAGGAGCCUCCCUCUGGCCAGCCCACAGGCGUUCUCUGCUGGCUUUGUCCCUGCCUGCCGCCAGCGCCAGCAGGGGUUCCAAGACCAUGCAGCACCCAGGCUGGGAUCAUGGAGGUGGCUCCCAGACGGGGCAGCCACCACACCCUCCCCUCUACACUGCCUGGAGAGCUCUCUGAGGGUGAUCCUGCCCGUGAGGCCGCUGCGCUUCUCCUUCGUGGCUGGCCCCGGUCCCAGCCCCAGCCCCGGCUCCAGCUCAAGCUUCAGUAGCUCUGAUGGAGAAGACCUGAGGCUGGAGCCCGAGCUCUGGCAGCCUCUCCCCCAGAAGAAGGACCGCCUUCUCAGCUACAAGAGUCCUGGCCCUGUGUCCCCAUGCUCUGGUGGGCCCCCCACUGGCAGCAGCAGGAGCAAUAGCCAUGCUGAAGACCCCAGGAGAGCAGAGCACAGGGACUGCAGCAGUCUCAGUGCAGGGGUGCCUAAGGAUCCUGGCCCUGCUUCUCAGCUGGAGAAAAGGCCAAGGGCUGGUGAAGAACCCGAGGGUCUGGAGCCUGGGCACAGAAGGCCCAGUGUUGCAGCCAGGACCCAUAGAAGGCUGCUCCCCAGGGCCCUACCUGAGCCACCCAGCAAGUCUCUCCUGCUGGAGCUGCCCCCUCCUGCUGCUGUCUCUCCUGCCUCAUCAGCCACCUCCCUACCGCCACCAUGCCCCUGCGGGAAGCCCCUGCGACAGGAGCUGCACAGCCUUGGUGCUGCCCUUGCAGAGAAGCUGGAUCGGCUGGCCGUGACCCUGGCAGGCCUGGCCCAGGAAGUGGCCACCAUGAGGACCCAUGUGGAUCGGCUGGGGAGGCGCCCACGGGGCCCUGGGCAGAAGGGCCAGACUUCCUGGUCUUGGACCCUCCCCCGGGGACCUCGCUGGGCCAAUGGCCCUGGUCACAGAUACCUGCCCUACUGGAGACAGAAGGGCCCCACGAGGCCUAAACCAAAGAUCCUCCGGGGCCAGGUGGAAGGCUGCAGGGCUGGUGACCCCCCAGGACUGUCUAGAGGGAGGGGUCACCUGAUGCCUCAGCUGCCUUCAGAUCCUCCCCCGGCAGAAAUUUCUGGGCCCAACUGCAGCCCUUCCCAGCAGCCUCCCUCCUCAGCACCCAGCUGCCAGGCUGUGCUGACUGUAUACCCUCCCUUCGGACACACUGGGGGCCACCAGAGCCCCGUUUCUCCUUCAGUGCCUGCUGCCUUACCCCCCCAGAUGGCCUCUCCUCCUGCAGCCAGUGCAGACACAGAUCCAUUGGCUGCAGGAGCAGCACAAGCUGGAAACCCAGACCAGCCCAAGGAGCCCAACAGCCUGCUGGGAGGAGUCCAGAGAGCUUUUCAAGAAGGACUCUGGGCUGGUGAACACAGGGACCCGAGGUGGGGGGCCCAUUAGCCUCAUUCUUCAGCAGGAUGCAGGAGUGGCCCCAAUGCCCCUUGGCCCCACCCAGGCCAUCCUGUUGCAGGGGCCAGCUCCCUCCCCACCUGCUCCACUGACCCUUCCAUUGCUGGAGUUCUGCCCUUUGCCCUGACGGCAGGCAAGACCCCCAGAUGGUGUUUGCUCAGGCGGCCACUGUGUGGGGUGCAUUCCUCAGCCACGCCUCUGGCUUUCUUGGCUCAGGUUCAAUCACAUGUACCUCCCCAUCCUGUCCUUCCCACUGGAACCACCGAAGCUCUCAGAUGGGUAGUGUGCACAUGUGCACACCAUGCAAACACAGUGCUCUGUGCAGCUGCAGAGUGGCCCCGAGAACCCCUCUUUCUAACCACCUGCCGCUCCUGGUCUCAGCCCUGUGAAGGGCUGGGCUCUCGGCUUUCUGGAAUAACUGCUGGCACAGAUUUCAUUUUGGGAGAACUCUGCCCCUUGGUGGCAUGUGCAGACUCAUCCCCACUUCAAGUGCCUGGUGGGGCCAUCUCAGAGUGACCCAGGGAACCUAAAUUAAAGAAGUUAGUUGCCGAGGAAA